AUGUCGCCUUCCCUCCAUUUUGUCAUUUCUACCAGGAUUUUCUUCGAGCCUGACUUCAUUAAAGGGGGGUCAAUGGCAAUACCUUGGAAACAUUGGGGCCCGUUGAAUACUCGUAUUUUCCAGCACUGUCCAGAUGUUGUUGAUUCUGCUGCUGGGAGUCAAAUCUUGAAGGUGGAACAUGCAAUUGACACAACAGAUGGUAAUGAUUUCUUGGAGUACAGUUUGCGUGUGAUGGACUUUAGCCCAUUAGCUAUCAAGUAUGGGCAGGGCCUAGGACGGUUGGUGAGAGAGCCAUCUACAAUAGACUUGGAUGGACAGUCGUUAACGACGUCCUUGCCUUAUGUUGAGGUUGUGUCGAGCAAGAUAUCCAGCUCUACAGAUGAGCUGCUCUUGUCAUCGAUUGAUGAAGACAGAAUUAACUCGUUCCAUGUCGAUAAUUGCUUUGUCAAGGUCAUUAAGAUUUGGGAAGGGGUUUGA